GCCCUGCAGUGUGUGUGUGUGUGUCAUGUGACUUUGGGAAGAGAGGAGUAGCUCUCUGCGAAUCCAGGGAUUUGAAAGUGUACGACAGAGAGGGGCUGGAUGGUACCAAAAACAAACACGGCAAUAUUGAGCAACGUCCUUCCUCCUUCCAAGCCAUGGAGGAGAUAAGAGUAUCUCCUGACUACAACUGGUUCAGAAGCACAGUUCCACUUAAAAGGAUUAUCGUGGAUGAUGACGACAGUAAGGUUUGGUCCCUGUACGAUGCAGGGCCAAAAAACAUAAGGUGUCCCAUCAUAUUCCUUCCACCUGUGAGCGGCACGGCGGAUGUGUUUUUCCAGCAGGUUCUGGCUCUGACGGGAUGGGGUUACCGGGUGAUCUCUCUUCAGUAUCCCAUCUACUGGGAUCUUCUGGAAUUUUGUGAUGGAUUCCGUAAGUUGUUGGAUCACCUGCAGCUUGAUAAGAUUCACCUCUUUGGAGCUUCUUUAGGGGGCUUCUUGGCUCAGAAGUUUGCAGAAUAUACACACAAAUCCCCCCGAGUACAUUCUCUCAUUCUGUGCAACUCCUUCAGCGACACCUCCAUCUUCAACCAGACCUGGACAGCAAACAGUUUCUGGUUGAUGCCUGCCUUUAUGCUGAAGAAAAUAGUGUUGGGGAACUUUGCCACAGGUCCGGUAGACCCAAAAAUGGCACAUGCAAUUGACUUCAUGGUUGAUCGGCUGGAGAGUUUGAGUCAGAGCGAACUGGCUGCUCGGCUGACGUUGAACUGCCAGAAUUCCUACGUGGAGCCUCACAAAAUAAAGGAUGUUGCAGUGACCAUUAUGGAUGUGUUUGAUCAGAGUGCACUUUCACAUGAAGCAAAAGAAGAAAUGUAUAAGCUGUAUCCAAAUGCCAGACGAGCACACCUUAAAACAGGCGGCAACUUCCCAUACCUGUGCAGAAGUGCUGAAGUCAACCUUUACAUACAGAUUCAUUUGCGCCAGUUCCACGGAACAAGAUAUGCAGCGAUUGAUCCCAGCAUGGUCAGUACAGAGGAGCUGGAGGUUCAGAAAACCCAGGACAGCGACGAGGAGAAAUAAGAGCCUGCAUCGUCUCCAGGUUGUCUUUGUAUAAUGGAUAAACUAUUAACUGUACAUUUCCGCAUUGAAUUGAUAACCACAAAGGAUCUGAUCACUGUGGACUGAGAAUUUCUAGCACUCAAAAAUGCCAGGACUGAAACCGUUUUGCAUUUUUUCUCGAUGGCAUUCUGGGGUUUUUUAGAUGUUGAGUACAAUCAACAAGCAGCAACAGCACUAAGUUAAGGAUCCUAUUUUUACUUUACAGAUAAGAAAAAUGGUAUUUUUUAGAAAUCAUUGCUACUGUAAAUACAUAUAACUUGGCUACACAGCUUUCUAAAUUAAGAAAACUUCAUUUGACCCUAUUUCUGUACUUUAUUGCCUUACUUUUUUUUCCUGUGGCACUUACUGCUUAUCCCCAGUUCAUAGGUGAGUUGUCAGUUUUUAGUUUUUAUAUUUUAACAUCAACAAUCUUUUCAGUUUUGUUAGUCCAAACCUGAAUUAUCAUGCACUGAUCUGACAAAAAUAGCUACAUAAAGUUGAAAAAAUGUAUUGAAGAACCUUUUGUUAAAAUGCUUUAAUUACCUGUUGGAAUAAAACAUACUUAUUUA